AUGCUUGCCGGACCACCACCCACAUAUAUUAGUCCUACUCUUCCAUCAACAAUGCCUACCUCUUCACCUCCAACGUAUACAAAUCAGUUUCAACCACCGAUUAUGCCUCCUCAUUUCCAACCAUCCUAUCCACCUCCCUCGUCUCAGACUUCAAUGGCGACCAACGGCAUAAACCGACCACCAAUACAAUAUCCAUAUCUAAACUCAGGACUAUUACCUCCAUCGAGUCAAUCUGAUGCUUCGUCACCAAUGGCAAAUCCAAAUUCUCAAAUUUAUGGGUCGCAGUCAUCUUUUCCCAAUUAUCAACCAUCUCCAAAUAAUCAACCAACUAUGUAUCCACCAAAUGUUCAUCCUAACCCAAUCCGACCACCCUCAGUUCAUUAUCCGAACUAUCCUGGUCAGCCAUUACCAACUGGAUCUGUACAACCACAGCUUCCGCAGGCUCGCAUUGAUACUGACUCACUGCCCAGUGUUAUUCAAAUCCUUGAACAAAGCCAAGAAAAGAUUCAAGCACCGUUUGUCACAAGCACACCUGGUGCAUUACCACCAUUGGCAGGAACGAAUUUCGUUUGUCAAGAUCAAGGCAGUUGUAAUCCACGUCUGAUGCGUUCGACCACCUACACAAUACCCAAUACAGCGGAUAUGAUUAAACAAUCGCAUAUACCCAUUGCGUUAUCGAUCUCACCAUUAGCAAAUCUACGAACGGAUGAACUGGAACCACCAUUGACUAAUUUUGGUGAUAUUGGUCCAGUACGGUGCCAACGCUGUAAAGCAUACAUGUGCUCGUUCAUGCAGUUCAUAGAUGGAGGAAAACGUUUUGUUUGCUGCUUUUGUGAAGCAACAACAGAUGUGGUAAAUGAAUAUUUUAAUCAUUUGGACCAUACUGGUCGUCGCACAGAUUGUUAUCAAAGACCUGAGCUUUGCCUUGGCUCGUAUGAAGUUGCAGCAACAAAGCAAUAUUGUAAAGAUGAAAAAUGGCCUGAACCGCCGGCAUUCAUUUUCAUGAUUGAUGUGUCUUAUAACAGCGUUCGUAGUGGUCUCGUGGAUUAUAUAUGUCAUAUUUUAAAAACUGAUCUUCUUGAUUAUUUACCCAAAGACAAAAAUGCUGAAACAUCUACAGUACGAGUCGGCUUUGCAACAUUCGACAAACAAGUCCAUUUUUACAAUAUUCGAGGAGCAAGUAGUAUGAUGUUUCUGUGUGCGUUCGUAUAUGCAUGUUACGCUUCAUGUGAUUCACUCGGACAACCACAAAUGAUGGUCGUUUCUGAUCUCGAAGAAAUAUUUGUUCCUUUACUUGAUGGCUUCCUUUGUUCACCGCAAACUUCACGUGGUGUGAUCAAUAGUUUACUUGAUCAAAUUCCGAAAACAUUUGUCAAUUCACAAGAAACGGAAACUGUUCUAGCACCUGCUAUCGACGCUGGUAUUCAAGCUUUGAAAGGAGCUAAUUGUGGGGGUAAAAUCUAUGUAUUCUCAACAACCUUACCAAUCGCUGUAGCACCAGGAAAAUUAUCUAAUCGGGAUGAUAAGAAACUGCUCGGAACUGAAAAAGAAUCAACAUUACUUUCUCCAGUGAAUAACAUCUAUACUAAACUCGGUGAAGAAUGUGCACAGAAUGGUUGUGCUGUUGAUCUCUUUGUUUUUCCUAACGCUUACUAUGAUUUGGCUACAAUUGGCGAAGUCUGUCGAGUAUCUGGUGGAGAGAUUUAUAAAUUUAACUUUUUUUCAAUUGAAAAUGAUGGCGAACGUCUGUUAGAUGAAUUGAGACGUAAUUUUCAACGAACGAUCGGUUUUGAUGCAUUGAUGCGCGUACGAACGAGUACAGGCAUACGCCCUAUUGACUUUCUUGGUAAUUUUUAUAUGACGAAUGCAACUGAAAUGGUGUUUGGUGCCAUUGAUGCCGAUAAAUCAGUAUCGGUCGAAUUAAAACAUGAUGAUAAACUAUCUACCGAUAGUAACACUUAUAUUCAAGUUGCUUUACUUUACACGAGUAUAUCUGGACAACGUCGUUUGAGAAUUCUUACCUUAGCAUUAACAGUUACAUCAGCAUACACAUCAUUCUAUCCAGCAUGUGAUCUGGAUACAAUUAUGAAUUUUACAACGAAAGUUGCUGUUCGCUCUGUGUUGAAUUCGACACCGAAAAGCAUACGUAGUAGUAUAACAACACAAGCUGCACAUAUGUUAGCCUGUUAUCGAAAAAAUUGUGCACAGGGUAGUGCCGCUGGUCAAUUAAUCUUACCUGAUACAUUAAAACUGUUACCAGUUUAUUCAUCGUCAUUGGUUAAAUGCGAUGCUCUAACUGGAACUGUAACACUUAAUACAGACGAUCGAAGUUGGUUGAUGCAUCGCUUGAUGUCAAUGGAUGUCAAAGGAACUUCGGCAUAUCUUUAUCCCAGAAUCUAUCCAUUGCAUACAUUGGAAGAGGACCAUGUUACACCUUCGAUGAUUCGAUGUUCGUAUGAUCGUCUGUCUGAUGCAGGAGCAUAUGUUAUUGAGAAUGGACUUGUUAUGUACAUCUGGCUCGGUAGUCAACUUGAUCCAACAUUUGUGCAAUACGUAUUUGGUCUUCAAGCAGCAUCACAGAUUCAACCAGAAAAAUGUCGUGUUGCUCAAUUUGAUAAUCCACUAUCGAAAAACGUUCGAGGCUUAUUAAAUAUGAUUCGUGAUGAACGAAACUCUCACAUGAAACUAUUUGUCAUUCAACAACGUGAUUCAAUGGAACCAUUUUUCAAGAAUUACCUGGUCGAAGAUAAGAGUUUGACACGUGGUGCAUCCUAUAUCGAUUUUGUUUAUGAAUUACAUCGUGAAAUUCGUAAUAUUCUUCAAUAA